AUGGCGCUUAAAAUUUGCAUAAAAAAUAAUUUAGCAGCUAAUGAACAAUUACUCCAUUAUGUCAAUGAUGAAGUAGCAGGUGGAUCUUACAAAUAUUAUAGUUUAAUGUAUGAUGGUAUUAUCAAAAUAUUAUUAGUAUCUCAAAAAGGCGAUACAGAUUUAUAUGUAUCACAAUUAAUAAACAAACCAACAUAUGAAUCAGAUCAAUAUUGUCUUCAAUCAACAACUUGUGGUGAUGAUAUUAUAUUUAUACCACAAAGUUUCAAAAGACCAGUUAGCAUAGGAGUUUACGGUCAUCCAUCCCAUGAAAUAAGUCAGUACAAUUUAUUUGUGUAUCAUGUAGCACUUGGUGCUGAUGAAAUAGUAGACGAGCAAAGUACAAUCAACAGUCUUGAGACUAGUGUACCAAAAAAAAUUACAAAAAAAUCUUUUGUAUUAGCUUUUCUCUGGACGCUACUCGAUCAAUUUGUUCAAGCAUUAUUCUAA